UGGCGAGAGGUUCACAUCCUUCACACGUACGGCUCCCGAGCAUGCUUUUCCAAGAUGAUAUAAGCCGAUAAACGGCAGAGAGGGAGAAGCGAGCAUGGCUUUCUCUUCUCUGCAUUUCAUCAGCUGCCCUUUGUCUUCUCCUAAAAUCGAAGGCAGAGCAGAAAUUCCAUGGCGUUUGAACAUCUCCUCCAUGGCGCAGAAAUCGUCGGAGAAGAGCGGACGCGGGAGACGGAUAUGGCGACGGAGAAAACUGAUGAAAAAAGAUGACAAGCUGCAGUACAAGAUGGAGCGGAUCCCUUUCCUAGAAGAGCAGGUGAGGAAAAUAAAGGAAACGGGAAAGCUUUUGAGUAUGGACAUUGAGAGGCUGUUGCUGUCUGAAGAUAACAGGUUUGAUUUUGUAAAUGAGGUGGCGGCGGAGGCGAAAUCCUAUGUUGAGAACAACCCAGAUGAGUAUGGGGGGAAGAAAGCCAUAUUACAUGUGCUCAGCAACCGCAUGAACGAUGCUGGGGUCCACCGCGAAGAGGCUUACUUGGAAUCCGAUCCCUUCAAGCCUGGGCCCACCUAUCUCAAAGAAGAAUUAUAAGCUGCAAAUACCAAAGUCACUCACUGCAAUCUCUCAGUUGACAAGAAAAUCAAGACUGUUCUGCUCUCGAGCUUGAGGCCCAGGUUUGAGAUUUACUACUAUGGAGAUUUUCUGUCAUCGUUUUACUGUGGAAGUGGGCUGCAUUGCACUUUAUAUUAAAGCUCCUCGUUAUGGCUAAUGUGAUCCUCGAUGCAGAAAUUUUGAAAGAUUGAGACAGAAUUCCAAAGUUGAAUAUAACUUUUUUCUCAGGUUAUAGCCAUAGUUCGAAAACCCUAAAACUCAAUUCGAUGUUUCAGCUGGGUUGGUUCAACUUGAAGACUUGAGUCAAUAUUUAAUAAUCAUAAUUAGAAUAUUAUAUAUAUGAGCAUAUGUUUAAGAUAGUUAGAAAUAGUACACAUAGUAAAAAGAUUAGUGUAUUUUUCUAGAAAAUCAAGUUGGCAUGUUGGUGUAGUC